AUGUUUGAGUUCAUCCUUACCCUCCUCCUAGCUGCCGGCAUCAUGGUCCUAGCCAUGGCGGUAGGUGUCGGGGUGACCAUGCCAUUUCAUGGAGCUUUGAUCCGACUUCGAGCAAACUACAACCCUCGAGCUGUGGGUCUGGAGGGAGUUGAGAACAGAGUAGGACCGACAUUGACAACUCUGCUCGGAACGUUGAGAAGAACAAAGAGACUGGAAGGGUGGUAUGGGCUGUACAAAGGUUCAAUACCCAUGGUCAUAUUUACCACAUUAGUCUCCAUCGCUUCGGUCAUUUUUGUAGGAGGAUCUUCCAGUCAAGGACCUAGAGGAACAUAUUCUGUUCCAGAAGCAGGUGGCAUUCGAAUGGGCAUCUUCACCAUCGUCUUGACUCUCAUCACCCUUCCUAUGACCGUCAUAAUCAACAGAUCCAUCAUCACACCAUACAAACUUCCACUAAAACCUCAAACAUCUCUCCGAAUCCUUCUGACACCAUACGAGCUCUCCAAACCCUACGCCUUGUAUCUAACCCCUGGUCUUUUGGCAGCCACAUUCAUUCAUUCCCUUUGCGUCACCCUUCUCGCUCGGACAGUCAGAGUCACUCUUCUCGGUUCUCCUUUGCCGGCAGACCCCACCGAAGCCCCAGAUGUGGUCUACAAUAACGUAUCUUGGUUCUGGUGGGCGCUAUACUUUAUCUACCAAAGUUUAGCCACAGCUUGGUUGGCACCCCUUGAAGUCAUCUCUACUCGAUUGUCUGUCCAACCAAAUCAGGGAGAUCUUCCACUAAACGACACGGAGGAAGGUGCUACGCCUGAAGGAGCGCAAUACGCGGGGACAGAUGAGGAUGUAAUCGGACUAAGACCAACGACAGAGCCAUACGAGGGAUUGGUGGACUGCGCGAGGAAAGUGGUGGAGGAAGAAGGUUGGCCGAGUUUGUACAGAGGGUGGUGGUGGACAGCUUUGAGCAAUGUGCUAGCUGUGGUGGUGUGAUGCAUUUGACGAGAUAAUCAGUGAACUGACUCAUGAACCCUGCCGUUCCCUUCGCCGAGCCCUUUCCUCCAAUAAUUCCUUCCACGGGUCCUCACACAUACUUUCUUUAAAAUACCCCUGCUCUUCUCCCUGAUGAUUAUUCCCACCCGCCUGAUGAUCAUGACCACCACGAGAACCGCUUUGUCCUCCUCUUCCUCCUCGUGGACCAUUCCCUCCUCGUCCUCUUCCACGGAAAGGCCCGUGCCCCCGUCCACCUGAAUGCAGUUGGUUCUCAGGCCUAUGCGGUAGUCCUGAUGGCAUCCUACCAUGUGAAUCAGAUGAAGGAUGCGGUCUUUUGAAAUUCCCGUUCAGAUGCUCCGCAUUGGAAGGCCAUCCUGUAUCUCUCCUUUGAGCAUCAUGAGACUCACGUCCUCGCCCUCUGUUCUGUGUUCUGACUCCCACUGCGCCUCUUGGACCGCGAGACGAACUCUCCCCUCUUCGUGCAACUGCCGGCCCAGAGGGUUGAGGAGGUUUGGAAGGGAGGGAAGAUUGCUUUCCAAAGCUUAUGGGAAGACCCAAGGAGUCCAUCUUUCCCUUCCACAAGAUACUUACUGUUUUCAGCUUGACAAUUUCCCCACCUGGACCGAUACUAGUUAUCAGUCGAU